AUGGAUCCAUAUAAGUUUAAUAGCUGGAUAAGAAUUUUAAUAUCAUUAUGUUCCCUAGGUGCAUAUAUAUUAAUUUCAUUGAUGCUACCGUUAUAUGUGAUGGAAUCCGAUUUUGAGAGUAUGUAUGGAAUAUAUUUUGUCUCUCCAUAUAAUAACGGGAAAUAUAUAACAUGGAAUAAAUUCGAGAGCCAAAUAUGUUCCAGUAAAGGGGUAUACUCUAUUGCACAAAAGGCAAGACACUUUCAAGAAAAUACAGUAGGAAUGUUAUGUGACUCCAUUUCCUUUUUGAAGAAUUAUUUAUUAAUAGCUUUCAUAAUAACUAUUAUAAAUAUGUUCUUAGUUAAGGGAGUAUUGAUAUAUACUCAUUUUAAAGAACAUCCAGAAACCUUUGCACUAAAAUAUGUCAAAUAUUGCGGAAAGUUGAUUAUCUUUAUAAUGUGUCUAACAAUUAUUAACUUUAUGUUAUUUACUUCCCCCUUUUUCUUUUUCAAUAAUCACAACGAGCUUGGAAGAACCAAAUUUGCAUAUCCAGGAUAUUACAUUUUGAUGGCUGAUUUCUUUUCACAUUUUAUUAUAAUUUUUUUUAUAAAACGGGAUAAAAUAAUUUUAAAAUCUGUGUGUGAAUUGGAGGUGCUACCUUGGGAAAGAAAACAGAAAGCCAGAUUUCAUAACAUCGAGUUUAAUGAUACAUUAAUAAGUCCUGCCGAAAUAACAAACUAUCUUCGCAAUAUGUUCCAUGAAGAUAACAUAAAUGAAGACCAACUUAAAAAUCUAUUUGGAACAAAUAAUUAUGAAGAUAUUUAUUAUAUGAUAAUGAAUAAUGUAAAGAUGAAUAAUUAG